UUAGCAGCGUUGAUUCAAAGCUUGGCAAGAGUUCAAACCGACUACACGAACUAUGAGGAGUGCGACUUUACUAUCGCAGUUGAGCGUGCUGGCGAUAGCAUUGCUCUAUUUGCCGGCGGCCCAAUCUCAGAGCUUAGACGGCUAUGACAUGUUUGAUUUCGCGAAAAAGCAGCUGAAUCCAGUAUCAGAGAAAGUAGAGGAAACUUUACACAGGGUUUCAGGCGGAGGACCAUUACCAGAUGGGGGGAGACCAGGUGCGAGACCAAGAACAAAGAAACGGGGCCCAAGAGGCGAGAGCUUAGGCAACAACAGAUACGUCAGCGCGAUGCUACAAGUCAAUAAAGCCAUGGCAGAGGCACAGGGUCGCCGGUUAUCCUUUGACCCCACGUUUCUGAAGACCGUAACCAAACUUGCAGUGGACGCAAAUGAAAUGAAGAAAGCGCGCGAUGCCUUGGGCUUCGGUAUGUACGAAGAUUUCAAGAAAUACCAAGCGUGUAUGAAGUCUGGAAGUAGACACAAGUGCGGUCCAUCAUCAAGCGGCAUAGUCGCACAGAUCCGCUCACUAAUCGGAGACGAGAAAUUUAAUCGCUUGAUGGCAGUGCAGGGAGACGCAGAUCUCAUUUUCACGAUCGACACCACAGGCAGCAUGAGCGAAGAGAUAAACGCCGCCAAACGAAUCGUGGAGUCGAUAGCGAGAUACGAUCGAGAACGACCCGUACGAUACACUCUGUCACCUUUCAACGACCCCCACACGGGCCCUGUGAGGAGAUACGGCGACAGGAGUCAGUUCCUGAGGGCGCUGGACAAUCUGCGAGCCACCGGUGGAGGGGACUGCAAGGAGAUGACCUUCCACGGGAUUUACAACGCCAUUAAUGAGACCAAACCGCCUAUCGAGUCACCCAUGUUCGUGUUUACAGAUGCUGGACCGAAAGAUGAAAGUACACCUGAUGUCAACAAAGACGAUGCUAUCGGUAAAGCACUGGAUUACUUCGUUCCUGUCAGCUUCUUCUAUAGCACAAGCCCAGGGAGCUGCCGAAAACCAAGCGAGUUCGAUUCCUUUAACGAGAUCGUGGAUGCCACCGAAGGGAUGUCCAUGCAGUUUGGAACAAGUGCUGCGAAACUGCAACAGAUGGGUGAGAUCGUGAUCUCGGCACUGGACGGCACAAGCACGGUCAAAUCCGGACGGGUCACGGUGUCCGGUGGGCCAAAACGGAGAGGACCUCCUGGUAUCCACUCACUUCAUCGUUUGACAAUGAACCGGAGGAAUAUGUUCCCUAUCGACGAGUCGAUCUCAAAGUUUAUUGUCGUGAUAACCGUGGAACGCAACGAGGAGCUGGUCGAAUUACGGGACCCGAACAAUGGAAUCGUAGCGCAGACGUAUCAGCUUGAGAAUGGCGCCAUAUGGGUGGUUCAUAGGCCCAGGAGUGGCAUGUGGAGUCUGAUGGUACCCUUCUCUGUGGGUAGCCACAGCUUCAAGGUCACAGCAAGCAGUGAACUAAACAUCGACUUUGAUUACUAUUUCAUUAGACGGCUGCCAGGCAACAGUCGAGUGGAGAUCCCUAUCUCGGAGCCGCUGAUAGGCGAGCCAGCGAUCGUGAAAGUAUUGAUCCCCUUGGCAAAUCGCCUACAGGUCAGCAGUCUCCGCCUUGACGCGCUAGACAGGUUCGGUAACGUGCUCGAAAUGUCGAUGGUCUCUAGGGCAACAGCUACAUUCCAAAGACCUCCCAGCGUGCCCUUCAAGCUUCGACUUCGUGGAACCACCGUGGGUGGUUUCAGCUUCGAGCGAAUCUCGCGAAAGAUCAUCACAGCAAAGUCCGCUAUUAUCAGAAUGGUCUACAACAAGAACUAUUAUACACUGCCAAGAGGCAAGCGCUCAUAUGUCCGGUUCGCCAUUCACAACAAUGGCGCCUCGGAUACCUUCAGGGUCAACCUUGCUUUCUCAUCACGUGGUAUUCAAAUCGUCAGUCCCCCAAGCGCUUCUGGGUAUCACGUGCGAUCGCGAGGUCAGCGGUAUGUCUCCACCCAGCUGGAGGUUCCCACAUCUAUGCGAAAGGGAACCUUUAUCAAGAUGUUUGUCACAGCGCGCGGGACCCGAAGUGGGGUAACAACCAAACUCUCUGCACAACUGAUGGUUAUGUGAACGCAAGACGUUUCAGAGUAAGCGCUUGGGACAAUCUAAAUACAAUUCAAUACAUUUCGUUGUUCCGACAUUUGAAGCAAGUUGGAGCUUAACUAGAACGCUUUGUGUAAAAUGAGUAUUGCAAAAACGACAACAAAAAUACAUUUAAAUGAAGAUGCGCUGAAUUGUAAAAAUUGGGAGAAUAUAUAAAGCAAGCUCCAGUAUCUUGCACAGACUCAGUCCGUCAUCCUCUCCUUCAAAACUAAAAUGUCCCAUUCCUUGUGUCUAUUAGAAAAGGAUUUUGGAAUUACUGUCUCGAAAUAUUAUAAUGUUUAGGAAUUUCAAACCUUUCUUUAAAGAUUCCCUAAAAAACUACCUAUACAAAUAAAAAAAUGAUAGAGAAGAUUAAGUCUAUUUGGUCUCUUUCAAAAUGACUCGACAACAUAGGUUACACCCAACGGCUGCGAGACAAACCAUAAGAAUGAAUGAAUGAAUUAGUGAAUGAAUAAAUGAACAAACGAACGUAGUCAACAACUGAAGAUAACCCGAC